AUGGAGGAUCACCAUGGAGACGCGCAGCCUAGGCGCACCCGUCCCGUACCAAUGUAUGGACUGAACUCUAACCAGAGUAGUUCGAGCGUGUUCGAGGAUGUCGAGAUGGCACAAGAUCAGUUGUACUCCGGCCCCAUGGCAGAAAGCCUACCUACGAGUAUUUCCACAUUUUCCCACCGUCGCCAACGUGCAGAUUCAACGGCAAGCUUUGCAUAUUAUAACGAAGACGAGAACGAGCCGGAUACCAGGAUGUUGUUCGGCGAGGAUGGAGCUGUAUCAUUUGAUAUAGACGAAACGCCGUUCGACUUUGAUGAGGAAGAGGGGGAAGAAGGUAGCUCGGAGCAGGAACUUGAGAACGGGGAAACAUACGAAGAUUAUGUGAUGCGUAGAAGAUCCUCGACUAUAUCGCGAAACUCGAUCCAUACCAGGCUCCUCCGAACAGACAGCGGCGUAACAGAUGUCAGCAGUCGAGGUCAUGGCAGAACCAGCCAGAAACUACACAUGGCCAACGAGGAUCUCACUAUUGUCAUAGCUGGGUUUCGUACAAGUAAACUUGGCUACGUUGUGUAUGUUUUCAUUUCCGUUGCGACGUUAGGACUCGCAUAUCUGCUCCUGAGAUGGCUUCCAAGAUGGCAAGUCAAGUUGAUCGGCGAGUCGUGUCCGCUUCAUGAUUGUCAAUGGGUAGUACUCGAGAAUCAAUGGGGUGAGAUGGCCAUUCUGGACGUGAAGACACAGGCCUACAACCAUCCUCUAUCCGCUGUAUUUGGAACACCAGAAAAGAUAUUUGCCCAGAUACUGGAGGACGACGCCGAUCCAUUAGUACCUGAGCUCCGAACCAUCAAUUACCGAUACGUGCGCUUCUUUUAUCACCCGUUUAAGGGUAGAUUUGUCAUCAGUAAUGGGUGGAAGGAUCCUUCGUGGACCCGCGUUCGAGCCCUGCGUGCCGGUAUUGAUGGUGAUGAGAAGGACCACAGAGAGCGCGUUUUCGGAGCGAACAUCAUUGACAUUGAGCAAAAGUCCAUUCCCCAACUGCUCAUAGAUGAGGUUUUCCACCCAUUCUAUGUCUUUCAAAUAGCGAGCUUGAUCCUUUGGUCCUUGGACGAAUAUUACUACUAUGCCAUCUGUAUCUUCGUCAUGUCAGCAGGCAGCAUAAUAGCAACACUAGUAGAAACACGAGCUACAAUGCGGCGUCUUCGCGAUAUCUCUCGAUUUGAAUGCGAUGUUCGAGUCCUUCGAAACGGCUUUUGGGCCCAUGUUCCAUCGAGCGAUCUGGUUCCGGGUGAUGUAUAUGAAGUCAGCGACCCUAGCCUCACACAGUUCCCGAGUGACAGUUUACUUCUCAGCGGAGAUUGUAUCGUCAACGAGAGCAUGCUUACAGGCGAAUCCGUGCCGGUUUCAAAAAUCCCCGCUACCGAUGAGACCCUCCAAGUCAUGAAUCUGAGUGCUGCUGCGGUUUCUCCUGAUGUUGCACGCCACUUUCUCUUCUGUGGCACCAGGAUCAUCAGGGCAAGACGACCACAGGACAAUAGAGAUGAUGAAGCAGUUGCGCUUGCUAUGGUUGUGAGAACCGGGUUUAACACGACCAAGGGCUCACUCGUUCGCUCCAUGCUUUUCCCCAAACCGUCUGGGUUUAAAUUCUAUCGCGACUCUUUCCGUUACAUCUCUGUCAUGGGAUGUGUCGCACUACUUGGAUUCGUUGUGUCUUUCGUCAAUUUCCUCCGCUUGGGGUUGGCAUGGCACUUGAUAAUUGUGAGGGCUUUGGAUCUAAUCACCAUCGUCGUUCCACCCGCUCUUCCGGCUACACUUACUAUAGGAACGAACUUCGCUCUGAGCCGUCUUAAAAAGAAGCAGAUAUUUUGCAUCAGCCCGCAGAGAGUUAAUGUCGGCGGUAAACUAGAUGUUAUGUGUUUCGAUAAGACAGGCACUCUGACGGAGGACGGCUUGGAUGUUUUAGGCAUGCGACUAGUGUCUCGAUCGACGAACCGAUUUGAUGAUAUUGUUACCAAGGCGUCAAAUUUAGUCCCGUACUCAAGUUUGAAUGCCGGUCCUGGGGACAAAUAUGAUAUAUAUCGCGCUUGUCUAUUCACCAUGGCUACAUGCCAUUCACUUCGCUCCGUCGACGGCGAACUAGUUGGAGAUCCACUAGAUCUCAAGAUGUUUGAGUUUACUGGCUGGAAAUUCGAAGAGGGUAGCCAAGGCAAUACUGAUCAGGAUGAUGAAGAGCAAGGUGGUCUAUCCCCUUCAAUUGCCCGGCCACCUGUAACAACUCUGUAUGACAUAGAUGAGUACGGGUUUUCUUACCAGGGGCAAAACGUCCCUAUUGAACUUGGGAUAUUGAGAUCCUUUGAGUUCGUCUCACAACUACGAAGAGCUAGCGUGAUCGUGCGGGCAUUUGGCCAGCAAAGUGGAAGCAUAUACGUCAAGGGUGCACCAGAAUGUAUGCGGGAUAUAUGUCGACCUGAAAGUUUUCCGGCUGAUUAUGACGAACUCUUAUCCUACUAUACUCACAAAGGAUACCGAGUCAUCGCGUGUGCCACAAAAUACAUGAGGAAGCUUUCAUGGGUAAAGUCCCAGAAGAUCAAGCGUGAAGAAGUCGAAAAAGACCUCGACUUUGUCGGUUUCAUCAUCUUCGAAAACAAGUUGAAGCCAACGACUGCUUCAGUACUGAAAGAGCUCACAGAGUCAAACAUUGGCUCAAUUAUGGUCACAGGUGACAAUAUAUUGACAGCCAUCAGUGUAGCGAGAAACUGCGGUCUCGUCGACAAAGAUGCUCAUUGUUUUGUGCCCCAUUUUGCAGAAGGAAACUUCCGCGACCCCAAUGCCCGUUUACAGUGGGAAAGCAUAGACGACCCGGCUUUUCAACUAAACUAUCGGACUUUACUUCCGCUCCCAGCCCCUGUAGACAGGGAUGCUUCAUUGCCGUACGAUAUAAUGAAUCUAAAGAACUAUUCCCUUGCAGUAAGCGGGGAUGUUUUCCGAUGGAUAGUGGAUUUUGCUCCGAAUGAGGUUAUGCAGAGGAUGCUGGUCCGGGGCAGAGUCUUUGCACGCAUGUCUCCAGACGAGAAACAUGAACUGGUAGAGAAACUUCAAAGCAUAGGCUACUGCUGUGGAUUCUGCGGGGAUGGAGCAAAUGACUGCGGUGCUUUAAAGGCCGCGGACGUUGGGAUCUCACUUUCCGAAGCGGAGGCAUCUGUUGCCGCCCCUUUCACAUCUAGAGUAUUCGAUAUUCGAUGUGUACCUGAUGUGAUUCGAGAAGGGCGGGCUGCUCUAGUAACGAGCUUCAGCUGCUUCAAGUUCAUGAGCAUUUACUCUGCUAUUCAGUUCACCUCUGUUAGCUUUCUCUACGCCUCGGCUUCGAAUCUAGGCGACUUUCAGUUCUUAUUUAUCGACGUGCUCAUCAUACUGCCAAUUGCCAUAUUCAUGGGCUGGUCUGGGCCUUACCCAAUUCUGAGCAAAAAACGACCAACUGCGAAAUUGGUGUCAAGGAAGGUCCUUACACCCUUGUUAGGACAUAUGAUUAUUUGUAUACUCAUUCAGGCUGCUGCGUGGAAUAUCGUACGAGAGCAAAGCUGGUACAUACCGCCUCAUGUGAACCCAGACAAGUCCAACAUCAAGAAUUCGCAGAACACAGCCUUGUUCCUUAUGUCGUGUUUUGAGUACAUAUUCAUAGGGGUUGUUCUAAGUGCUGGGAAACCAUUCCGCCAGCCAAUGACCCAGAACUGGCCAUUCAUGACCACUAUCCUCGCGGCGCUUGCCGUCGUCAUAUAUAUGGUCUUCGCACCAUCACAUGGAAUCAAGAAGCUGAUGCAGCUGACCGAUAUCAGCCCAUCUUUUAAGAUAACCCUCGUGGUGCUCGGUGUUACAUACCUAAUAAUCUCUUGGAUCGGCGAGGUCUACCUCUUCCAGAGACUGGUUCGGGCAUUCGACAAGGUCAAGGUGGCUUGCACGAAGAAGUCCAAGACGCGCAAGGAAUAUAAAGUCAUUCUGGAGCGUAUGGAAGGUUGA